CUUGAACGGACGACGGCGAUGGCCUGCACGUUUGGCCCGUCGCACUGCUUCCAUGAGACGUCGAUGCUCAUGGUGUGUGCCUAUGUCUACCUCGGCGCGGCCGUCUUCGCUGGCUACAUCCAUUUGCGCCGGGCGUACCUCCGCGAGCAUGGCCACAACACGAUCUUAUUGCCGGUGCGCCGCGUUCGGUUCUUCCCGCUCCUGCUCCUCGUGGCGUUUGCGGCGCGCGCUACGUGGUUCAUCCUCCUCGACGUGCACGCCAUGCAAGUUGCAGAGAGCAGCAGCGACGAUGAUGCGGACAAUGGACGCUAUCGCAACGUCAUCGUCUUUGUGCCGCUCCUGCACAUGACACUCGACCUCUACCCGCUCAGCGUCUUGAGCUGGAACAAGCUCGCGACGCUCUUGUAUAUCUCGGCCUUUACGCUUCUCGUGCAGUUUUGGGCCGAUAUGCUGCACCACACCACUAGCACGCACGACCAGUCGGCGCGGACGCCGGUCCAACGCACCCGCCCGUCGCGCCAGCGCAACGUGCUCGUGAUCGCCAACGUCUGGAUGUACGCGGUCGAGAUUGCGCUGCUGCUCAUCAAGACAGUCUAUCCCGAUCAGCGCGAGUCGACGUGGUACAUGAAUUCGGACGGGUGGUGCACCGCCAUCUUCUUCUGCGGUCUCGCCGGCGCGCUCGGCUACGACGCCUUCCGACUGCGGCAGUUCUUUGAUGCGCAAGAGCAUUCGCGUGUGGCGACCUAUGUCGCGACGCGCGUGACGGUCUUAGGUCUGCUCUGCGCCGGCCUCUUCUUCCUCCGCGCCAUUUUGUUUCUUUUGACGCCCGUCGCGUCGUUCGAGGCAACGGCAACGCCGUGGCUGUUUUACGCGAUACCCGAGUUGCUUCCUGGAGGUCUCGUCCUCGCGCUCAUGCGCGUCAAGCACGAUACCAACAAUGGCAGCAGCUCUCGCAAAGGGCAGCUCUCGCCAACCGAACGCACGCCGCUUGUCUCGCCCGAGAACAUGCUAUCUGUCUAGCCAGCUCCAGGGAUAGUUUGUGUUUAGCGUCGAGACGAUGUACUAAAGUCGAGCACAAUACACUGCUGCCCGCGAAUGUGGAGGUGAG